UUGUUUACUUCGGAGAAGCUGGGUUAAGUUAUUGCUGCAUUAGUUUCUUGCACGUGUACUUUUUGAAAUUUUGUCCAUCACUUAAAUAUAAAUGCUAUGUUUUAGUUAUUUCCUCAUUCAAACCUGAUGUGUCAAGCUUCUGCAGGACUUGUAGGAGAAGAAAACAACAUCCGGGGCAUACCUAAUGGCAGGUGAACGGGCAAGUGAUGCUUCAAGUGAUUCAAGCAAUACUUUUUGGGAUUUGGCGACGUGUGCGGUUGCUGUUGCAGCAUAUGCGCCCGAAAAUCCAAAUGGAACGGCCAUGGACAGCCAAAUGGCAGCGACGCCCGUGCAAUUCGAUGUGCAAGAGGCUACUGGCCGACAAUGGGUGGAAGCUAGUUUGAGGGUCCCAUGGAGAUGCUAUGAGAAUUUCCGUAUGAAUAACGAGACAUUUCAUAAGCUGCAUAACAUUUUAGUUACGAACCAUGGGCUGCAGUCUACUCAUGAGUUCCAUUCCAUAGAGGCUUUAGGCAUGUUCCUAUGGGCAUGUGGGCAUGGGCAUUGCAUGAGGCAGGUCAAAGACAGACUUGGUAGGGGUUUGGGAACAAGAAGCCAGAAGUUUGGGGACGUGCUACACGCGAUGAUGUCAUUUGCAGAUAUAGUGAUUAGGCCACAGUAUCCGACUUAUAGCACCGUGCAUGCAAGUUUGAGGCCGUACUCACCUUUCUUCGACGGAUGCAUAGGGGCUAUAGAUGGAAUACACAUACCUGUGUGUGUGUCUCGUAAGUCACAUGAUGAUUACACCAACAGGAAAGGCUGGCGAAGCCAGAAUGUAUUAGCUGUAGUUGACUUCGACAUGAGGUUCACCUUUAUUGGUGUGGGGAUGGCGGGAGCUGUGCACGACAUGGCAGUGCUAAGGCAGGGGUGGGAGGCAGAAACUUUCCCUCACCCACCACCAGGAAGGUAUUAUUUGGUGGACAAAGAGUAUGCCCAAGAACAUGGGUAUUUGGGACCGCAUCGCCAAACCAAGUACUGGAAGAAGGAGUUCAAGAAAAGGGGUCCUCAGCAUUUGGAAGAGGUGUUCAACUACCAUCAUUCGAAACUUCAAAAUGUAGCUGAAAGGUCAUUUGGGGGAGCCAAAAAUAAGUGGCAAAUGUUGAAAGGAAUGCCUAAAUAUCCCAAGGACAAGCAAAAUCAGAUUAUUGUGGCAUGUUUUGCGCUGCAUAACUUUGUACGGAAUAAGAAUGCACGGUCACUGACAAUCGACAUGCCGCCGAUACCUGCACCAAGUGAGUAUUCGUUUCAGUGGCUGGAGUCAACGGCGGAAGAUGAGAUGUCAACAGUCCGCAACUGGAUUACUACCGGACUUGCAGUUAUGGGGUUCAGAUGAACUUUGAGGAAGGCCGCAAUGAAGCAUUAGCACAAGGCGUAGCUUAUUUUGUUACGGAGGGGUUCAUGAAGUUGGAAUUGCCUCUG